UAAGGACCCCGUUUCUAAUCUCGAGACACAUGACCACCACGUGAUCGAACAAAAUGGCGGGUCAACCAUGGAGAUACCCAGGACAAAGAAAUGCAGAUUUAAACAAUGGCAUGCCAUAUGGUGGGAGAGGGGCUCAUGGGACUCAUCGACCCAGACUACAAGUGAAUCAUGACCAAUAUCAAAUGCCUCAUCAUCAAGAACUUCAACAUGAACCAUAUCAGUCUCCACAUUUUCAACUUAGAGGAUCAUUUAUGAGACAGCGUCCACCAUCACAAAUGCCCCCAUUUCAAGGACCACCACCUCGUUUUCAAUAUUCUAAUCCACCACCUCCUCCAGUUUUGAAUUCACAAAAUUACCAACAGUUCACUCCUGAUAGUAAUGGACCAAACCAGCCAACAGGGAUGAUAGCACCCAAUCGUAUGAAUGUUGAGCCAGAGAAGCAGGUUGAGAAGACUCAAAGGGACACAGAUGAAGAGUGGGUGAAAGUAUGGCUGAAUGACAAAUCAAGAGAGUCAAAUGAAACAAUACAAAAGCCAAAAGUGACAAUCUCUCAAUUCCACAGCCUUAUACAGGAAUACAGGGAUCUCAUAAAGUCCAUGAAACAGAAAUGUGAUGAUUUAAAAACUAUAACAAAUGAAGAACUUUGGAACAUAGUCUUCAAAGAGAUAGAAUUGAUGAAGGUACGGCUAGGUGAGCUCCAGGUAACGCUAAAUGAUAAAGAUCUCCUGAAAGAAGUGCAGCAAAAGAUGAAAUGGAGACAGAACAAAAGGGAACGCCUCCGGAGAAAAAGGAGAGAAGAAUAUCUUGCUGAAUGUAAGUUACAAGAAGAACGAAAUCUUGUACACCAGCAGAUAGAUAGAUGGCAGCAAAUUAUUAUCCAGAAAAAUAAAGACGUCGAAAAAGAGAAGGAAUUAAAGGCGACUGCAGACAAAAUAUUAAAUGAGGUCAGACGAAAGAUAAAUGAUGUCACAAAAUGUCUUGAUAUUCUGAAAGCUUUAAACACACUGAGAACUGUGAGGCAAGACAGUGCAUCUAGGCGAGGCCAAAAUAUCAGUUCAAGUAAAAGUAGGGACAAAGAGUUUGCCUCUGCUUCUAGUGAGCUCACAACAAUGCUGAAUCAGCAGAAAGCCAUGUACAAUGAGGAGAAAAAGACAUUGGAGGUGAUGCUAGAGACAGAACAAGAAGAAACCAAGGAAAGAGAGAAGGCUGAGAAACAACUGAAGAUGGACAAUAUCAGGAAGAAACAUGAGAAGCGGAUUCUAGAGUGGCUUUUUGGAAAAGGAUAUAAAUUGGAAUCUCACCCAGAAAAAUUAAAGAAGCAUUUUAGAAAGCAUGUUGCUCCUACAAUUAUUGAGAAUGUUCCGUUGCUAGAUAUGCUUCCAUGUAUAACAUGCCUCUCAGCAAAUGAUAAGGAACAACUGAAAUCCAUCUAUUGGCAGAAUGGGCAGGCUGAGGCCAUGGUCCUUUUCUUCGACAUGCUUUUACAGCGAUAUGAUUGGAUGGACCAGCUGGGAGCAGCUUUAAGAUAUCCUGCUGUUAAUCAGACAUAUCUAGCUGACAUGCUUAACCCAAGUGGACAGGGUUGGGAUCCUAUGUUAUCGUUCCAAGCAUUCUAUGACCAGGCUGACAAUAGUGUGGAAGACCUUGUGCGCAUAAGGAGGGAGUGGGACAUGUACAUUGUUGAUGGUGCUCGUGUCUCUGGAUCAGGAAUUCCUUCAUCAUGGGUUAAUCCAGAGGAACCAUCUUCCAAUAUAUGGGCCUCUGCAUUGAUGGACUCUAAAUAA